AUGGCAUCAUUGGCUCUAGAGAAGAGUGUUGGUAAUGGUCAGAAGAAAAAGACGAAGAGUAGGAAUGGCUGUGGGAGGUGCAAGCUCAAACGAUUGAAAUGCGACGAGACAGCACCUGCUUGUUUGCAGUGUAAGAAGAGGAAUGUGCCUUGCCCUGGAUAUGAAAAGACGUUGAAAUGGUCGACCAAGUAUGAGAUAUUCCAGUCAUUGCAAUCUGAACCGCCUUUAGCCAUCAGUGAGGCAUCUACUCCCCCUCCUGUGAAAGACAUCGCACUACCAGCAGAUGUUGUAAGCGGCUUCGAAGCCUUAGCUGCUGUACUUCCCAUCGGAAAGAAGAAACCACUAUCGGAACAGAAAGACUCUUCCGAGACGUCGUCGCCAGAUAUUAUCCACCAAGACCCCACUUCAAGUCCGCUAGAGUCUAUUGGACAAGAUGAAUAUAUUCAAGAACAUUCACCAUUCCAUAUGGAGGACUUGGAUGUUAUUGACCCGAUAUUCUUGGAGGGGAUGCUUGAACAUGCUCAGUCAGUGGACCAAGACUUCCCUCUCAUUUCUCUAGACACGCUAGAUUUUCUUGAGCCAGAUACUCUUCUCAAUGAACUCGAAUUGAAUAUCGAAGAGCCGGGACUACCCCCAGAAGACACGAUCAUGGAACCGUUUAAAUCUCGGCUAUCGCGAUCGUUACUCCUUGACUACUAUCGGCUCCCCAGUCCGUCGCCCGCGUCUUCGUCGCCAGAUGACAUUGAGUCUAUAUUAGUUCAGCAUUACUUCAAAGAUGUUUGCGUCUUAUUUUCUUCAUUUGAUUCCCCGCUUAAUCCGUUCAGAACAACCAUCGGCCGUCUAUUCCAGGACUCUCCAUCAAUGUACUACGCCAUCCAAUCAAUGUCAGCAGCGCAUUUGGCCAACACCUUCCCUAACAUGACUGGCGUAGGCAUAGAGAUGCAACACAAAGCUCGUCAGUGCCUUCAAGAAGAGCUACCCCUAGUGCAAAGCGGCCAAGUCAGAGUUGGAAAGACUUUUCUCAGCAUCAUACUUCUUGGUCUCACCACCUGCUGGCAUGAGAGUAGCAACAUAGGCGAGGAAUUUCUCACUACCGCUAGGAGUCUGAUUCUACCGAAGCUUAUCAGUAGUUCCGAAGACGAGGGCAUCCAACGCGACAAUCAAUUCUUCGAAGAGUCUUUAAUUUAUUGGGAGAUGCUCAUGGGAUUCGUCAGUCAAGACACUAUGACCUUUUCAUCAGGAUCUUCAAUGAGGAGAGGUCCCAGAAAAGCUACGCCCGCAGCUAGGAGGCCUGACGGAAAGAUUGUGCCGCACCCUUGGACCGGAAUUGCGCCGACAGUACAAAUGAUGUUUGCAGAAGUAGGCAGAUUGGUCCGUAGGGAGAGGCUGCUGCAAAUGAGCGGAACUGUGGACGUACGACGGAUGCAAGAGAAUCUUUUAGACGCAGCUUCACUGGAAGAGGAUCUGCUCGAUGCAGAAUGGCCUUUAGCGGAAGAGCUCGCCGAUCCAGGUGAUGAAAGGACUUCCAGGCACGACUUCGUAGUUAUGGCAGAGGCGUACCGCUGCGCCGGUCUCUUGGAGUUGUAUCAGGUCUUCCCCUCUCUCCUUCGAAAGCGCCUGGGAACAGACAAGUUUACAUGGACUGCCAACGUCGAGUUCGAGUUCCCAACUCCGAGGUUUGAAACCGCGUACGAGGACACUGACACCAAACUCUGGAUCAAUUCUCUGGCUCUACAUAUCCUUGGCACUCUCGAAAGCCUUCCUUCUUCCUCCGGUACCUGCUGCCUACAGCCAAUCCUGCUUGUCGCCGCUGCAUCUGAGCUCAAAUUUGUGUCAUCAGUUGACUACUUUGACAUUUACGCCAACGAUGCGAAGGUCAUGGAUGCACGAGAGUUUGCGAAUCGUAGACUUGAAGAAUAUGCUUUAAGGCUGCCAGCUAAACCGCUUCGCAAGAUGAUUGAGCUAGUUAAAGAGGUCUGGUUUAGACUGGAUAAUGGACAGGAAGCUUUCUGGAUCGAUGUCAUGGUUGAGAAAGGAUGGCACACGGUUAUG